UAUAAAAAAAGGAAUCAAACUUUGGUCUCCAUUUUAGUCUUUUGACUCAUAUGAACCCUAAUUUUGGGUUGAAUUACUCUCUCUCUCUCUCUCUUUCCUUAAAAUUAGAUUUCAAAGUUCUCACCUUUUGUCUUCCUCGUAUCUCGCAGCCUCGAGGGCUUCCGACAUUCCCAGCGAUUAUGCUCGAAUCCGUGAGUUUCUAAUGAAGACAAAGGGACAUAAAAAAAAGCAACUCUUUCAAGUUGAGUGUUGUGUGGGGAUGGAUCAAAUAGUUUCAGGAGAAGAAGAAGAGGAGCUUGGUGUUGACAUUGAGGAAGGUGUUGGGUUCAAUGAGACACAAGAUAUAACAACAACCAAUCAAGAAGAUGUUCUUGAUCAGGUUUGGAGUGGGCGGUUGAGUUAUGACCACAGGUCUGAAAAUCUUACUGAUGAUGAUGCUGAUGAUGGUCUGAUAAACCCCUUGAUGGGAGGAGAUGGGAAGCAGAGGAGAGAAAGAAGCAGCCAAAGUCUGGACCUUUCGGAUAGAAAAUUCGAUAGUGUCAAGGUUAAGAAGACGAGGAAGCCUUCUUCCAAGCCUCCUAGACCUCCGAAAGGUCCUUUAUUGACUGCAAACGACCAGAAGCUGAUGAGGGAGAUCGCGGAGCUCGCUAUGAGGAAGCGUGCUAGGAUUGAGCGUAUGAGAAGGAUGAAAGCAGCAAAGUCUUCUUCUCCUUGCAGUAGCAUUUUGGCUAUGAUAGUGACUGUUAUCUUCUUCGUCUUCCUUAUCUUUCAAGGGUUCUUCACAAGCAAUGCAAGUUUGAGUUCAAGCAAUUCUCCAGCACCAGACAAUAACCGUAUGGUCUCUGUUCAGUUCUUCAAUGAGUUUGCUCCUCGUGAGAGAAUCGAUCCCAGCCCAACUACGAGGUUCAGGUAUAAGAGAGUCUCGGGUGCAGACAAUGAAGAGAACACAAGAGAAGUUACCAGAUGAGUUAGUUCUCUUGGGAUUCUUUGUAAUGUAAAACCAAAAAAACAGUACUUAUGUUUUGUUUUAUUCUUGACAUCAUUCUAUUGUUCCUUUUGCUCUGUUCUUGUGCUCACAUGUGUCUCUCUGCGUGUAUAUAUAUGUUGUUAUGGAUGAAUCUCGAAACCUUCUUUGGGGUUAGGCUUUGUACAGCAACUGAGUCUUAUGUCCUAAAACAAUAAUGCUGAUGAAGUCAUGAUGGUUGAUGG